AUGAUUGCAGGAGCUUUCCUUCCAGCAAGUGUGGAGCGGCCCCACAGAGGAACCUCCACUGUUGCUUUACCCUGGAGCGGUUCUCCUGCCAGCACAGUGGACCUGGCCUGUAAGAUAUGCGUGCGCCAAGUGGAAGGAGAAGGACAGAUUUUUCAGCUGGACACUACACUGUCAGAGGAUUCCCAGAGCAUUGACACCUCUCUGCUGGACCCCGCCAGCAACAUCACCACACUGGUCGGGCCCAAUGCCUUCCGCAUCCCUGUCUCCAUUCGACAGAAGCUGUGUGGCAGCCUGGACGCACCACAGACCAGGGGCAAUGACUGGAGGAUGUUGGCCCACAAACUUAACCUUGACAGGUAUCUUAACUACUUUGCCACCAAAUCCAGUCCCACAGGAGUGAUUCUAGAUUUGUGGGAAGCCCAGCAUUUCCCCGACGGCAAUCUCAGUCGCCUUGCCCAGGUACUGGAGGAGAUGGGACGCCAUGACAGCCUUGUUCCUUCAGUGACUGAGCACUGACAUCUGCCCACCAGGGAGUGUGACAUUCCAGGGAGGAAGAAGACAUAAAAAGAAAAUAAGAAGAGGGGGGAUGCCCAAAAGCAGGAGUCAUUUGGCAUCACAGUGACAAAUGCACGUAUGCACUCACAGACGCUGCUUGUGUGUACACUCAAAGAAGUAAGAAGAUAGAAACACAGCUAGGCCUACACAGCCAUGACCCAGUUAAACAUUGGCAACAAAGGGUGUAAAAACUUGGAGGGUAAACAAGAAUCUCUGCCAGUCAUUUCUCUCUGGCUGUUCCUCUCUCUAGUAGAGCAACUUGA